AUGUGUGGGGGCGCGGGCGGGCGCGCGUGUGUGCGGCGGGGCGGGGCCGGGGGCGGUCCCCGCCGGGCGGCCGCUGCCCGCCGACUCCGACCCGAUAUUUGGUUAUUCGGCAUUCGCGCGACACCGUCGUACUGCGCGCUCGUCUCUCAGUUCACUCCGCGCUCGCGACUCUUUGAGCGACGAAAGGGUUGGAGUGCGGGGUGCGAAGCGGGCGGAGGGCGGCGCUCAGCCGCGCAAGCGCCCGUCGGAGUUCGCCGCGGCUCAGCACACGCGUCGACACCGGCGCGCGCGAUGGACGACAAGCCGACCGCCGUCGGCGGCGAGGAACACUACAGCCUGCGCUGGAACAACCACCAGGCACACUUGCUCCGCUCCUUCGAGGCGCUCCUGCACGCAGAAACUCUCGUAGAUGUAACACUCGUAUGCGCGGAACGACGUGUACGAGCUCACAAGGUUUUACUCGGCGCUUGCAGCCCGCUAUUCCGGCGAAUAUUCAGCGAAAAUCCGUGCAAACACCCCGUUAUUGUGUUGAAAGACUUUCAAGGAUGGGAGGUGCAAGCAGUGGUGGACUUUAUGUAUCGGGGAGAGGUGUCGGUAGCACAAGAACAACUCGGAACGGUGAUACGAGCAGGAGAAUCGCUUCAGGUUCGAGGGUUAGCAGAUCAGGAUCGGGAAGAAAGGCAGGAAAGGUCGCCGACGCCCGUAGCGCGUAGUCCAGCGCAGGCGACGCCCGCGCCAUCUCCGCCAGUGAGCCCUGCCAGCCCACAGCCAAGGCGUAAACAGGCGCGACCACGUCGCCGUUCCGGAGAGUCAGAUACUCCUGAAAACUUAUCGAUGCGCCGAUCACCGAGUGGGUUAAAGGCAGUGCGGCUAGCCAGGCCCCGUUCACCGCCCAAGGAAGCUGACGAGCCUGAGAACGAGGCUCCGCCGCCACCACGAAUGUUCCCGCCGCACCAGGAUAUGUUCCCACCUGUGCCACCCUCAGCCGUCUCUGCGUUGUCACUUACACCACCGCACAGAUCCGGUAAUAACACUAAGCCGGUGGCCACCUCUGCAGACGACUGGUUAUAUCAGUCGUGCAAUGUUCCGGGUUCGAUAACCUUUGUCUUAGGACUAGGUGAUUGUGGACAGUUGCUCAUUCCUAACACAAAUCCUAAAUUUAUUCUGAUUGAUUAG